UUUCUUUUUGUGACUCACAUGGCGGACGAAAAGUACGAACUCAUUACCAGGCGUCUUCAGGAGGUUCUUGGCGGCGACCUCAUUAAAUCAAUUCUUGCGGAUGGACGUUCACCUAAAUGCUACUGGGGGACCGCGCCCACAGGACGACCUCAUCUGGGAUAUUUCGUGCCCUUGACCAAGAUAUCUGAUUUCUUGAGAGCAGACGUCGAGGUCACCAUUCUCCUGGCUGAUGUACACGCUUUCCUCGACAAUCUCAAGGCACCUCUAGAACUCGUCGCCUAUCGGACAAAAUACUAUCAAUUCAUUCUCCUUGCUGUAUUCAAGUCUUUGGGCAUACCCGUAUCGAAAUUGCGAUUCGUCGAAGGGUCGUCGUACCAAUUAACAAAGGAGUACAAUCUUGACAAUUACAAGCUUUGUGCUACAGUCACCGAACAUGACGCAAAAAAGGCCGGUGCCGAGGUUGUGAAACAGGUAGAGAGCCCUCUGCUUAGUGGUCUUUUAUACCCCGGCCUCCAGGCUCUCGAUGAGCAGUACUUGGGAGUUGACUUCCAAUUCGGUGGUAUCGAUCAGCGGAAAAUCUUCACCUUUGCGGAGCUUUACCUACCCAGACUAGGUUACGCGAAGCGUGCACACCUCAUGAAUGCUAUGGUUCCCGGUCUUGCUGGAGGCAAAAUGUCCUCAUCAGAUCCCAACUCGAAGAUCGAUUUCCUCGACUCUCCUGAGCUUGUCCGGAAAAAGAUCAAAGCGGCAUUUUGUGAGGAAGGGAACGUUGAGGAUAAUGGCGUUUUAGCAUUCACAGAGGCAGUCCUGUUUCCUAUCAGCGAACUGCGACGAGACAGGCUAAAAGAAGGUGCGGAAGGCACAUCAGAAACCUCACCAUUGUUCACAACACCUGAUGCUCCCGAGGGCACGUUAUUCACAAUCGACCGUGACGCUAAAUUCGGCGGACCAACUCACUACGCCAGUUACAUAGACAUGAAGGCUGACUUUGCGUCUAAGGCCCUUCAUCCCAAGGACUUGAAGUCCUCCGUCGCAGCUGCAAUCAAUGAGCUCCUGAAUCCCAUCCGGAAGAGUUUCCAGGAGAAUGACGAGUGGCAGAAGAUCGAGAAGCUGGCUUAUCCCGAUCCCAAUGCCAAGCCAGAGAAAAAGAAGAAAAAGGAAAAAGUGUACCAUCCACCGCCUCCUGGUAAGGGAAAGAACGCCCAGCCUGUGGAGCAAGUGCCUACGAGCGAGCCGACGGCAAACGGCCAACCCGCAGGCACACCCGCAUUAUAGCGUAGGCACAUAGUCGAUAUCAUUAAGAAACUACAGGAGGAUAGAAGUCGAAAGAUGUCGUUUGUAUAACCACGAGCCUGUUGCAUGCUACUGUAGACUUUGGGCCGAUGAGCCACUCCCAGAAUUGCAAUGAAAUCACAAAUUGCACCAGAUAUAUGCAAUCAU